GUCUUGACAACUUCGCAUCUCAAUACUUAGGUUAAAAUAUCUCUCAGUACUCUCUGACACUACGACAAUGCCCGGCCACUUUCUCGAGAGUCUACCACCUGAAGGGCUAUUCAGUAUCUCGGAUUAUCUUGAGCCAGAUGAUCGAAAGAACCUCAGCCUGGCCAAUUCCGGGCUUCGGACCGCGAUGGCGCCAUGUCUCUUCAAGGUACUACAAAUCAAUUGCCCGCUUGCAGAGGACCACAUCUUGCCAACUAUCGUCGAUAAAUAUGGAGCGAAUGUUUUGGAGCUGAGACUAAAUAUCACUUUCUACCCUAACGAGAUGCCUGAGAAGACGGGAGAGGAAUCGAUUGAAGAAGAGGAAGAGGAGAGUGAGGAUGAGCCUUCCGAUGUGGAUAUGUCGGAGAAUCAUGAAGAUAACGGCGAUGAAGAGUCCGAUCAUGACUUAGAGUCUGAAGGAGUCAUCGAACAUUACACUGAAGAUGAUGUGGAAGACGACGAUGAAGACAAAGACAGCGACAGUGACUCAGACGCUGGUCCCAAAUGGUACUGGACAAACCCUCCUGCUUCAGUCUGGGCUCGAAAAGAAGAAGACACAUCAAUCAUCCGGGAUCUCAUCCAGUUCAAGGGACUGCCACGCUGCAGAGCCUUGACUCUUCACACCAACGGCGAACAAGACUUUGAAGUGGAUGCAGACUGGGAUAACAACGAUAUCGCCAACAACUACAUCUACUUUUGCUGCGAACCUGAAGACUGGGAGGAAGUCAAGCGAAAAGAAGAGAGGUACUCAUGGCGCGCGGCUUUGCGGGAUAUGUACAGUGACAUCGCUACACUUUCGACAGUCGAUGACUUUACGAUUCAAAACUUUCUCCCGCGAAAAACCUCGUUCUGGCAGGAGAAAGAGUGGCCCGAGUUUCUCAGCCGGUUGAAGAAGCUGACUCUCAAUACGUACGGUGGAAAUAAUGGCGCCGGCUGGCGGGUUAAUACAUUACCCGGCUUUCACGCUUUCUUCAACGAACUGCCAACGACCGUUCUCGCUCACGCGAACGCGCUGGAAUACUUUAAACUUAAGACUCACGACGAUGGCUUUCUGGGAGGUGAAGGCUCGUUGUACAUACCUCCUGGUUGCAUGCCCUCCCUCCGGUCACUGCACGUAGACGGUAUAGCAGUAACAUCCGUGGUGAAAGAUUACCUCAAAGCAACAAACGGCACCCUGUCUAAACUCUGCGUCACGGAAUGCGUGGCAUUUACUUCCGACCCCAAUGGCGACGAUGCACCAAAGUGGGCUGAUCUAUGGAGAGCUGCACGUCAGGCUCUGAGAGCACCAGCGGAGGUUGUAUGCGUGCCGACCAAGGAACGACCUAUUACGGAAGAUGAAGGGGAUUACUAUGGUGACGAGGUUUAUGUGCCACCGGCCGAUGAGGAUGAUAAGAUUAAGAGUUGGAGAAGGAAAGCAAAAGAGGAGGAAGGACUUUGUAUCUGGCCGUAUGGAUGGUUGGAUGAGAAGUAUGGAUCUAUAUAUCCUGAUCAUGAAGUUAAUCUGGAACGUCUUGAGAAUGGGGAGGAUAACCUGGAGUUUAAAUUGUUGAUGAAUGAGGUGAAGAGGGGAGGCGGUAAAUGCACUGUAUCCUGAUUUUGUAGAUAAAUGACAGGUGGCAUGAGCAAGAGGAUAUACCGUCGUGUUUCUGACUCUACAGAGGGUCUUUCCAACUAAUGUUGACUUCAAUAUCGC